AAAAACUCACGGGUCUCUCCCAAAACUCCCCCCAAAACCCCUCGCCGCCGGCGCGAUGAGACCCGCAGCCACCGCCACCGCCGCGCUCCGACUCCGAGCCGCCUUCCUCUCCCCUCCUCCUCCUCCCGCCGCCGCCGCCGCCUCCGCAGCCGCAGCUUCGAGGCUCCUCCCUCGCCGGCCCACCGCCUCCAUCCUCCUCCUCCCCCUGCGCCGCCUCUGCUCCGUCCCUCCCCACGCGGUAGGCGACGCCGGCACCGGAAGCAGCUCCCAGCCGUCGCCGGUGAUGGACGCGCAGUUCGAGUCCUUCCGCGCGCAGCUCGACGAGUCCUCCACGCUCCGCGACCGCAUCCGCGCCGUCGUCUCCGAGGUCGAGUCCGCCUCCCGCGUCGCCUCCGCCGCGCUCCUCCUCGUGCACCAGCCCGUCCCCCUCGCAGAUGUGCUCGGGAAGGCGAAGGCGCAGGUGGAGGUGAUCAAGGGGCUCUACUCGCGGCUCGCCGAGAUCCUCAAGGAGUGCCCGGGCCAGUACUACAGGUACCACGGCGAUUGGAGGAGCGAGACGCAGGCGGUGGUGUCGAUGCUCGCCUUCAUGCACUGGCUUGAGACCGGCGGCCUCCUCAUGCACGCCGAGGCCCAGGAGAAGCUAGGAUUGAGCUCCGGGGAGUUUGGCCUGGAUGUUGAAGAUUACCUUACUGGAUUGUGCUUCAUGUCCAACGAUUUCCCGAGAUAUGUAGUGAACCGUGUCACUGCUGGAGACUAUGACUGUCCAAGAAAGGUGUUGUCAUUUCUGACAGACCUUCAUGCUUCAUUUAGGAUGCUGAACCUGCGCAAUGACUUUCUACGUAAGAAGUUUGAUGGGAUGAAGUAUGAUUUGAGGAGGGUAGAGGAGGUGUAUUAUGAUGUGAAGAUUCGAGGACUUGUACCAGGGGAGUCCAAACAAGAGGCAGCUUAGCAAAGACUGUCGUUCCUCACCGAGUUGUUUGGAUCCGUCACGCGUUUAGCAAGAUCCGUCACUUGUCUAAACUGUGCUAGUUCCUGUUGGAGUCAUUUGGAUUCCUCUAAUAUCGACUGGGCUGGCCUAUGCUGCCAAAUUUACCCGAACCCUUCUAGAGUAGGCAUGUGGCAAAUAUAUUCAGAUCUGUUCUAAUGAAAAUGAUCGAUCUGGACUAA